AUGCCGAUGCAAAAUAUUGGAGUGGAGGAAGAGCAUGCCGUCGGCUCGGACUUCUUCGAGUUCGAGACCAGAGAGACGGUCAAGCUGACGGUGCAGCGUCGCGACGCCUACACGUCGACGCGCCGCUCCAGCGACGCCGCUAGGCAUGAGACGGAGAAAGAAAUACAGGAUGACGACGAAGCCACACUCAGAGAGCUGCUUAUUAGGUAUCUGACGAGCGAGGAUUCGUUUCGACCAGACAUACGUAUGAAGAUUCCUAGAGAUCCGAAAAGCGCCUGCGUGCUGGCGAGAAUUUGUUCUUUCUUUCACUUCACAGAGAUUGUUUCAUCCUCGGUGGAAGACUGGCAGCCGGCGAGGUGGAUACAUUGGCUGCCUAAGAGCGGUGCUAGUCGAACGAAGGUGCGCAGGAUACCUGGGAAGGCGUCCACUGUAGUUGGGAACACAGCCAUGGUAUCCUUGCCUCCCAGCCCAUAUCAGUCAUCCCUCCCCUCCUCCUCGCAUAACCCCCACCCUAUGCCAAUCGUCCCCUCACCCCGCAUGCCACCCUCUCUCUCUAUCUCUCUCUCUCUGGCGCUCGCCCCACUAAUCCGACGUUUCGUCUCCGUCCCCUCGACCGUCCUCAGCCUGCAAAAGCAGGUCAGCGUGAUGAGCAUGAACCUGACCGCGAAGCUGGACGAGCUGCAGCGCGGCGACAGGCACCUGGAGACCACCGUAGCUCUGUGCGAGAUCAGGUCACAGCUGCAGGAGCUCACCAAGUCCGUCGAAUCGUGCCAAUCGGAGGUGUCGGAGGUGAAGAGGGACAUGGUGGCCAUCAAGCACGAGCUGGACACCGUGCAACAGGUGAAGGAGGAGAUUGAGGAGCUGCGGGAGUACGUGGAUAGGCUGGAGGAGCACACGCAUAGGAGAAAACUGCGGCUGCUCGAACAGGGCCUGACGCUGUUCCUGUCGUACGCCAUCUUGGCGGCGGUGCUCGGCAUGUUCCAGUUCGGCUUCAACACGGGAGUCAUCAAUGCCCCGCAGCGCAACAUAGAGUCCUUCAUGAAGGACCUGUACAAGCAGCGCUACGGGGAGGACCUGAGCACCGACGGCGUCGAGGCGCUCUACAGCGUCGCCGUGUCGAUUUUCGCCAUCGGGGGGAUGCUAGGGGGGUUCGGGGGCGGCAUGGUGGCGAACAAGUUCGGCAGGAAAGGCGGCCUCCUACUCAACAACGUCUUGGGAAUCAGCGGAGCGUGUUUAAUGUGGUGUACGAAGAUGGCGAACUCGUACGAAAUGCUGUUCGUCGGCAGAUUUAUUAUAGGGGUCAAUUGUGGGUUGAACACUUCCUUAGUACCAAUGUAUAUAUCGGAAAUAUCGCCUUUGAAUUUACGAGGUGGUUUGGGUACGGUGAACCAGCUGGCCGUCACCUCGGGCCUUCUUCUUUCCCAAAUUUUAGGCAUCGAACAAAUUCUAGGAACCAACGAAGGAUGGCCGCUUCUUCUCGGUUUAGCCGUAGUACCUGCCAUUUUGCAAUUAGUCUUGCUGCCCGUGUGUCCGGAAAGCCCGCGCUACCUCCUCAUCACCAAGCAGUGGGAGGAGGAGGCACGCAAAGCGCUCCGACGCCUCCGAGCCUCGCAUACCGUUGACGAGGACAUCGAAGAGAUGCGGGCCGAGGAGCGGGCCCAACGUGCGGAGGCCUCCAUCGGCAUGUCGGAGCUGAUCUGUUCGCCCACCCUCCGAGCGCCCCUCAUCAUCGGUAUCGUCAUGCAGCUCAGCCAACAGUUUUCUGGCAUCAAUGCGGUGUUCUACUACUCGACCAGCCUGUUCGUGUCGUCUGGUCUGCCGGAGGAGAGCGCCAAAUUCGCGACUAUCGGCAUCGGCUGUAUCAUGCUGAUUAUGACGCUCAUCUCGAUACCGUUGAUGGAUCGCAUGGGCAGACGCAGCUUGCACCUGUACGGCCUCGGUGGCAUGUUCAUCUUCUCUAUCUUCAUCACCAUUAGUUUCCUGAUCAAGGAGUUCUUCGGCUAUGUGCAGGAGAUGAUCGACUGGAUGUCCUAUCUGUCGGUGGUGUCGGUGCUGCUCUUCGUCCAGUUCUUCGCCAUGGGUCCCGGAAGCAUCCCUUGGAUGAUCACGGCGGAGCUGUUCUCGCAAGGGCCCAGGCCUGCUGCGAUGUCCAUCGCGGUGCUGGUCAAUUGGACGUCGAAUUUCGUGGUCGGCAUCGGAUUUCCACAUCUCAAGACCCCUAAGAGGGGUGAAAUAGCUCCGAAAUAG